AUGUCUUCCUCCUUCUCUUCAAGCUCAAGGGCGGCAUCUUCAUCCCAGAGGCGCUUCGCUCCAGCUGGCCAAACCAGGUCGCCGGUGCGUUACAGGGUGGGUCCGCUGGACUACGAGCCUGCGACACCAUGUUGGUGCAAGAACAGGCCCAAGGCGGCCAUGUGGAUCUCGUGGAGCGAUGAGAACCCAGGGAGAAGAUACAAGACAUGUGCCCGGUCACAGAUGGGAGGAUGUGAAAUGUACGAGUGGUUCGACGAUCCCAUUGAGAAUCUGUUCCUCAAGCAGCUGGUCAUUGAUCUACGCGACAAGGUGCGUCAGCUAGAGAGGAUCAACUCAGAGUUACGAGCUGAAGCAACUUCGGUGCAGCAACGGCAAGCUGCGCAAAAAGCUGUUCAACCAGCUCCAGAAGAUAAUGUAGCAGUCAACCCAGGGAUCAGGGCUGUGAACGACGCUUUGACAGCUUCGAGGGCGUCGUUUGCCACUGAAGUUUGGUUCCCUUGCAUCCUCAUUAGUUCAUAUAUCAUCAAGCUGCUGUGCGAUGAUAGCGUGUCCUACACAAAUGCAGGUGUUUAG